AUACCACAUUAAUUCCUAGCAUUUUCAUGAAUGAGCGCCACAAAAGCGCCAACAAUAUGUGAUGAAUAUGCAUGUGAGCAGCGUACUUGGAAAGUGAAAAGUAAAUCUAAUUUCAAACUUGUGUGCGCUUGUGUUUAUGGUGAAGAGUGUGAAAUUCGCUGAAAAUUGAUAACAAAUAUAAGUUUAUGGGAGAAUUGAUUUUAAUUAUUUAGAAGCACGUAGCAGUGCUGAAAGUGCUAUAAAGGCAUUCGCGCUUUUGCUUUCGCCGCACAAGUGUGCUGAUCUCUCUGGGGUGUGUUAAACAAUUUGCAUUGCUAAAUAAAAUUUAAUAAAACGAAAUAAAAAAGUGUGCGGCGCUCAACUAACACAUCGUGUAUGCAGACAACGUAAAUGUUAAUUUGUCUUCUGAUUCUGUUGCGUCGCAUUAAUUUACACACAUAUGCAUGUAAAUAGAUAAAAAUUAUCAACUUGUAUAAAUAUCUUCCGAUGGGGCACCGUUCCAGCAAAUUAUCUGCUGGCCUCACCAACGGUAACAAGAGCUCAAUUAAAGAAACAACAACAUCGUCUAAAUUAUCCAAACAUUCGUCUCAUCGUCAUUCUUCACGUUUUCCCAAAUCGUCUUCACCUGCCAAUAGUGAACAAUCUAACAAGAUCUAUAGAAAUUCAGUAGCAUCACUGACCAGCAAUAACGUCGCUGCUGUCUACGGUGAUAAGUUCUUACCGAUUUUGCGUUUGGAUAGCGAUUCAAUAGCCGAGAGUUCAAAUCUGUCAUCAGUGACCAGCAGUUCAUCCGGUCAGAUUAUUAUAAAAAUACAUUUCAAAACACAUUCACCGUCAGAGAUGGAUAAUGCACAACAAAACUUGGUGGACACAAAUUCCAAUAAGUUAACGCAUACUACAGAAAGUGCUGGUGUUGUGGAAGCUGCAGGCAGCUCCAUUAAUUCAAUGUUGAACAAUAACAACACCAACAACAGUAGAACGUCACUACCGAAUAAUUUAAAUUUGUUACGCAUUACGGAACCUUUGGCGGAGCAGGAAGCGGAUGGUGCUGGCAAUGUUGAGUACUACGAGGUAGCGGAAGACAACACUGCUGUAACUCAAAGCAGGUCAACGGCAAGCAGUCGUCGUCAAAAAGCCAAGUCGGCUUUCAUGAAUUUCAAGAGCAUGCUGGAAUCCUCAUCCUCAAGCAGUUGUAAGACGCGUCUAUCAAAUAGCAACAACAAUAAUCAUAGCACCGAUAGCAGCUCUAAUCAUUCCCGAAACAACACACAAAUGCUGCCAGUCUCAGCUGAAGAACAUUUACGACAGAAGCAAUUCCGGCCGGCCAGCAGCGAUGUCAGAAUGUCACUACCCACGCCCAGCUCUUCCAGCUUUCAACGUGAUAGUGCUGUUAGUAACGUUAAUUCUAUGACAACUUCCACCUCACAUACUCCAACUCCCGUAUCGAUAACUACCUCAAACACAGCGCAGCCACCAACAAAUGAUCAACUAGCCUUUUGGGCGUCCAACAAAGAUUUGAUAAUCUCUUCCAUAAAUGUAGUGGUUUGUCCAACACCAGCAACACCGGCGGUGACUGUGACGGCGACGACAAGCAAGUCUGCAGACCGUGUACCGACAACGGCGAAUCGAAGCGGUAUUAGAAACGAAAACGCCUUAGUGGGCGAAGAAAAAUGCAGCAGUAAUCAGCAAAGAGAUGGUGAAGUUCACGAGCACACAAAUAUGCCACAAACUUCAGCGACGAAGAAAGCCGCACGUGUCUUAUCCACAGCGACAUCGCCCAUUGUACAUUCACAAAUCGAUUUUGUACACUACCUCGUGCCAGAUUUGGAGCGUAUUUUCAAUUCGAGUUUCUACUGGGGCAAAAUGGAUCGCUAUGAGGCUGAACGCUUGCUGGAGGGCAAGCCUGAGGGCACAUUUUUGCUCCGCGAUUCUGCGCAAGAGGAGUACCUGUUCUCGGUAACAUUCCGCAAGUACGGACGUUCAUUACAUGCGCGCAUCGAACAGAGUGGCCACAAAUUUAGUUUCGACAGUCAUGACCCAGCCGUAUUCAGCACAUCCACAGUGACCGGUUUGUUGGAGCAUUACAAAGAUCCCGGCAGUGUUAUGUUCUUCGAGCCAAUGCUGACCGUACCAUUCCACCGCAAAAAAGUAUUCUCCUUGCAGCAGUUGGCACGCGCCGCCAUUGUAUCGAACACCACCUACGACGGUGUAACCGGACUGGAGCUGCCAGUGUGCCUAAAAUCCUACCUUAAAGAGUACCACUACAAACAGAAAUUGCGCGUGAAACUACUCGACGAAAGACUACUCACAUAUACCUAGUGUCCGCUAAACGCGGCCAAUUAUCGGGCCGCCAUUGUGACCGGCACAAAUGCAGUGAGUGCCACCGCUGGCGCCAGUGAUGCUGGUCGCAUCAUGUUGCAUGCUACUACGUUUGGCGUAAAUGUUGGUGAUGGCAGUGGUGUGGGGAGUAAUUUUGUUGACGGUUUAGUGAAUAUGCGUGUGGUAUCGGUGGAGGCGUUGCACGACCUUGUCGAUCUCGAAGAUCUGCAGCAUGCAAACACAUUCGUUACAUAUGUACAACACUCGACUGUAGUGGAACAAUUGAACACGCAAAGCAGUAGUUGUGCCAGCAACGACGCAUGCACGAAACGUCAACGACGUCAACAACUGCUGAAAAUACCGAAUCGCAUGACAGAAUUACUAAGCCGUGUAACAGCGAAUUUGAACUGUUACAACAAUAUGCAACGUCACCGUAGGCACCGUCAAACCGAAAGCAUGCCAACGCAAAACCAACAAAACUAAGCUAAACAAAUUUACUACAUAAAUAAAUAUAUACAUAUAAGACAAUCCCAGUGAAUACGAGAAUCAAAAUAGCAACAAACAAAAACUCCAAAUGAUGUGAGACGGGCGUAAUGCACAAAGCAGCAGUAUCAAGCGAGAAAAGCUUACACUCUUUUUUUUUUGUUUUUAAUUUAUAUUGUAAAUGAUGAGGUAUCAAAAUAGUAUUAAGCAGCAGUUAUGUGUUACGGUGAUAUUUUGUUGUAGCCAGUCGGCAAGCGGCGCUUAAGUGUAAAUUCAUGCUCAAAGCACGAGUCUACACACUUAAGUGCUGCAAUUGGCCAACUGGUUGUGUGCACACAAAAUGCAUUUGCGAAAAUAGUAUUUAUGCUAGUUAACUGGUAGCUUAGUUUAAUGUUGAAUAUAAAUCUAUUAAAAUUGUACGUAAUAUAAAAUGUGCAUAUAUGUAUCUGUAUAUGUAGCUAUGUUAUACGCUUGUUACUAUAUUAAUUCAUAGAAUUUUCGUUUAGUUCAUUUAAAUGUAAAAACAAAGCGCUAGUUUUAUGAUUAUAGCUAAUUUCAUUAUUUAUUUUGCCCAUAAAUGUAUGUAGUUCUAUUUAUAACAAUUCCGACAUUCGUGCAUCUAUGAGCUCUCUACUCUCUCUCUCUCUAUAUCAUUACAUCAUGCCUAUUCAUGUAGCCAGCUAAGGCAUAACACCUUUCUUCGAAUCCUUAAUGAUUUAUUUAUUUAUUUUUUUCUUUGUUAUAUUCAAUAAAAAAAAAACUUAUAAAUCAAUUGAUUGUAAAUA